AUAGAGGCUGUGGGUUUUUCUGUGUGAGAUAUAUAUUAUCACACACACACACACACACACAGUUGAAGUCGGAAAUUUACAUACACCUCAGCCAAAUACAUUUAAACUCAGUUUUUCACAAUUCCUGACAUUUAAUCCUAGUAAAUAUUCCCUGUCUUAGGUCAGUUAGGAUCAGCACUUUAUUUUAAGAAUGUGAAAUAUCAGAAUCAUAGUAGAGAGAAGGAUUUAUUUCAGCUUUUAUUUCUUUCAUCACAUUCCCAGUGGAUCAGACGUUUACAUACACUCAAUUACUAUUUGGUAGCAUUGCCUUUAAAUUGUUUAACUUGGGUCAAACGUUUCGGGUAGCCUUCCACAAGCUUCCCACAAUAAGUUGGGUGAAUUUUGUCCCAUUCCUCCUGACAGAGCGUGUUUAACUGAGUCAGGUUUGUAGGCAUCAUUGCUCGUACACGCUUUUUCAGUUCUGCCCACAAAUAUUCUAUAGAAUUGAGGUCAGGGCUUUGUGAUGGCCACUCCAAUACCUUGACUUUGUGGCCAUAAGCCAUUUUGCCACAACUUUGGAAGUAUGCUUGGGGUCAUUGUCCUUUUGGAAGACCCAUUUGCGACCAAGCUUUAACUUCCAGACUGAUGUCUUGAGAUGAUGCUUCAAUAUAUCCACACAAUUUUCCUCCCUCAUGAUGCCAUCUAUUUUGUGAAGUGCACCAGUCCCUCCUGCAGCAAAGCACCCCCACAACAUGAUGCUGCCACCCCCGUGCUUCACGUUUGGGAUGGUGUUCUUUGGCUUGCAAGCAUCCCCCGUUUCCUCCAAACAUAACGAUGGUCAUUAUGGCCAAACAGUUCUAUUUUUGUUUCAUCAGACCAGAGGGCAAUUCUGCAAAAAAGUAUGAUCUUUGUCCCCAUGUGCAGUUUUAAACUGUAGUCUGGCUUUUUUAUGGUGGUUUUGGAGCAGUGGCUUCUUCCUUGCUGAGUGGCCUUUCAGGUUAUGUCGAUAUAGGACUCGUUUUACUGUGGAUAUAGAUACUUUUGUACCUGUUUCCUCCAGCAUCUUCACAAGGUCCUUUGCUGUUGUUCUGGGAUUGAUUUGCACUUUUCGCACCAAAAUACGUUCAUCUCUUGGAGACAGAACGCGUCUCCUUCCUGAGGGGUAAGACGGCUGCGUCGUCCCAUGGUGUUUAUACUUGUGUACUAUUGUUUGUACAGAUGAACGUGGUACCUUCAGGCGCUUGGAAAUUGCUCCCAAGGAUGAACCAGACUUGUGGAGGUCUACAAUGUUUUUUCUGAGGUCUUGGCUGACUUCUUUUGAUUUUCCAAUGAUGUCACGAAAAGAGGCACUGCGUUUGAAGGUUCAUUCACAAAUGUCUACCUCACGAUUAAAAGGCCCCUCUCCAUAACUGCGACCCUGAACAGGCUACAAGAUGACUUCCAGUAUAGGCGGGGAUGAUGCCAGCAGUAUCUUUGAUGGGUUAAUGGAAGAAGAUGAAAAGGACAAAGCAAAACGAGUGUCCCGUAACAAGUCUGAGAAGAAGCGCAGAGACCAGUUCAAUGUCCUCAUCAAGGAGCUGGGUACCAUGCUUCCAGGCAACACCCGGAAGAUGGACAAGUCCACCAUCUUACAGAAGAGCAUCGACUUCCUGCGCAAGCAUAAAGAAAUAGCUGCGCAGUCAGAGUCGAGUGAGAUCCGACAGGACUGGAAACCUCCUUUUCUUAGUAAUGAAGAGUUCACACAGCUGAUGCUGGAGGACUAUUCAAGUUCAAGGUUGAGCGCAAUGGCAUUAGACGGCUUCUUCCUAGCAAUUAUGACAGAUGGGAACAUAAUCUAUGUCUCAGAGAGUGUUACAUCUCUACUGGAACAUCUUCCUUCUGACCUGGUGGAUCAGAACCUGUUGAACUUCCUGCCCCUGGUGGAACAUUCAGACGUGUAUAAAGCCCUGUCAUCUCACAUACUGGAGGGAGAGACGCUAACACCAGAGUAUCUCAAGACGAAAAACCAGUUAGAAUUCUGUUGCCACAUGCUCCGAGGGACGAUCGACCCCAAAGAGCCUCCUGUGUAUGAGUAUGUUAAGUUCAUCGGAAACUUCAAGUCCCUGAAUAAUGUGCCUAACUCAACUCGAAAUGGCUUGGAAGGGGUGAUCCAGCGGUCACUCCGGCCCGCUUUUGAGGACCGAGUCUGUUUCAUAGCAACUGUGAGAUUAGCCAAACCACAGUUUAUCAAGGAGAUGUGCACUGUUGAAGAACCCAAUGAAGAAUUCACCUCUAGACACAGCUUAGAAUGGAAGUUCCUCUUCUUGGACCACAGGGCUCCGCCCAUAAUAGGUUACCUGCCGUUUGAGGUUCUGGGUACAUCUGGAUAUGACUACUACCACGUAGAUGACCUGGAGACACUGGCCAAAUGCCAUGAACACUUAAUGCAGUAUGGGAAGGGGAAAUCGUGCUACUACAGGUUUCUCACCAAAGGGCAGCAGUGGAUCUGGCUCCAGACCCAUUACUACAUCACCUACCACCAGUGGAACUCCAGGCCCGAGUUCAUUGUCUGCACGCACACUGUCGUCAGCUAUGCUGAGGUGAGGGCUGAACAGCGCAGAGAGCUGGGGAUUGUUGAGGAGUCACUGCCAGAGAUCUCUGCAGUAGAUAAGCAGUCUCAGGACUCUGGUUCUGAGUCUCAACACCAGCUCAACACCUCCAGUCUGAAGGAGGCCCUAGAGGGCUUUGACCGCAGCCGCACGCCUUCGGCCUCCUCACACAGCUCCCGCAAGUCCUCGUCCCACACUGCUAUCUCCAACCCAGCCUCACCUAAGCUUAAGACAGACAGGGGUACACCGGGAUGCCAGUCCGUCUCUGCUAUUGAGAUGACAUCACAGCGAAGAUCAUCCAUCAGCAGUCAGCAAUCGAUGAGCUCCCAGCACACCCAGAACACAGGGCAGAACAUGGCCCCAUCCAUGGUUCCACAACAACAACCACAGCAGCAACUACAACUGCAACAGCAGCAACCACCACCACAACAGCAGCAGCUUCAGAUCCAGCCUAGUGUCCAGCCCAUGGUACAGUUUUCCACCCAGAUGGACGCAAUGCAGCACCUGAAGGAUCAGCUGGAGCAGAGGACCAGGAUGAUCGAGGCCAACAUCCAGAGGCAGCAGCAGGAGCUCAGGCAGAUCCAGGAAGAGCUCAACAAGGUGCAGGGCCUUGGCCUACAGAUGUUUCUCCAGCCGGGUACUAGUGGGCUGAGCCUGGGCUCUGUGCAGCUGGCACACGGGACCACCAUGCAGCCAGGGGGUGCUCUCACCAUGCAGGGCCAAGUGGUGUCUGCAGGCAGUCUGCAGGGCAGCACUCCACAGCAGCAUACGGUCCAACAACAACCCCAGCAGCAGUCCCAGCCCCAACAACAGAACCUGUUACGAGACACCAGCUCUGUCCUCUCACAGUCUUCAGUGCGGUCGACUCACUCUCUGCCGCCCCAGCAGAGUGCCCUACCGGCCUCCCUCUACAACACCAUGAUGAUCUCUCAGCCCAACCAGGCCAAUGUUGUCCAGAUCGCCACCAGCCUGGCCCAGAACAGCAGCAACAACACAGCUGCCAUGGCAAACUUUGCCCAGGACCGCUCGGGACAGAUCAGGUACACGAUGCCACCAACAGGGUUCCCUGCUGGCUCUCAGUUGCUGACUAAGCUGGUGACUGGGCCGAUGGCGUGUGGAGCGGUCAUGGUCCCUACAACCAUGUUCAUGGGCCAGGUGGUGACAGCGUUCGCUCCUCAGCAGGGCCAGACUCAGACCAUCAGCAUCGCCCAGCAGCAGCCUCAGCAGCAGGAGCAACAGGCUCAGUCUCAGGCCGAUGCCACACAGCAAGGGCUGGCCCAGCAACAAACACAGUUCCUCCAGGGCCCUCGGCUGCUCCAUGGAAACCAGUCCACCCAGUUGAUCCUGCAAACGGCGUUCCCACUGCAGCAGCAAGGAGCCUUCGCCAGCACACAACACCAGCAGCAGCAGCAGCUACAACAGCAACAUCAGCAGCAGCAGCAACAACUCCAGCAGCAGCAACAACAACAGCAACAACAGCUCCAACAACAGCAGCAACAGGAGCAGCAGCUGGCCUCUCACAGGGCAGAUAGCAUGUCAGGCCGCUCCAGCACACAGCCCCAGUAACGUGACAACAUCCGAUCAGACAUGUGGACUGAACCAAGUCUAUUUGUCUGUGUGAUGGGGUGAAGAGAUCGGUUGAGAAAGCAGUAUUGAGACUAUGCCUCUGAGGCUACCCUGCUUCAACUUGGUCUGUAGAGUUAGUGAUGGAUGGAUCAAUAGAUGGAUCUCUGGCUGCCUGCACUGAACUCAUGAGCCACUGGCGCGUCAGAUAGAAAACAAUGCUGUGCUCACAGUGAGCACGGAGUCGCUCCGCUUCAUGGCCAUGCUCAGAACUCUCACCACCUCACCACUGUGACAGGGGCCAGUGCUUGUCCCCUACCCUACCCUCUUCUUGUGUGUUCAGUGUGUGCUCCCGUCACCCUCACAGAUGUUAUUUAUGCAGGACGAUCCAGUCUGGAGCUUCAAUCAAGGCUUCAAAGAAGUCCUACAGAGAGUAGACAGACGCCUCGUUUGUUUUCUGUUUUUCUCAUAUUGUUUUUCAUGUCAAAUUAAUUAUGGGUCAGAAAAUAUUUUUAAGAAUGUCAUGUGGAUUGAACUUUUAUUGUACAGAACAAAAAAUAAUAUGGAAAUAUAUGGAAAAAAAGAAAAAUAACUAAUAUUUUAUAUGAUGCAUGAAAUGAAAAGCAUAGUCUGUUAUUUGUAGCUUUGAAUAUACCUUUUUUUCUAGUACUCUAUGGAAAAAAAGGAAACCUAAACACGCUUAAUGGCUGAUCUUUUCACAGAUUUUCUUCUUCCCAGGGACCGUGUGUCUUUAUGGGACCGUGGGUGUGUAGCUGAUGCUGCUGGUCGUGUCACAGUUUGUUUCAUCCUCUUCCUCACUUUCGUAGUUUUAAUAAAACUCCUCUAUUGAGAUUAAAAACAGAAAUGUUUUAAAGUUACAAUAUUUUUUUAGAAUAUAUAUUGUGGUCCAAAGUGACAUGUUGAGGACUAAACAGAUACAUGAUUUUACUCAGAACAAUAUUUUAAAUUGUAAAUAAAGCAAAGACCCAAAGUUGACCAAAUAGACUUUAAAUGUAUCCUAUGGAAAGCUUAUGAGCUCAUUAUUUUCUCUGCCAUCAUGCCUCAUAACAUUUGCCAUAGCUAUUCAUAAACAUUUUUUACACUUAAAAAGUCCUUAGUGUUUAUCUUUAGUUGAUUUAAAUAUGAGUGGGGCAUUAUGACUGUUUUAGAGUGGUCUCGUAACGCUCAUAGCGAUGCAUGCAAAGUACCUCUAGGUACAGACUAUACUAGUGCUUUACAAUACUGUACUUUUUUAGCCCUAAAGGCUUGUGUAGAAAAAUGAUUAUUCUCAUAUAAAUAUAUAUUCAAUUACGUUUUAAAUGGUCACAAAAAUAACCUUAAACUCAGAAAUGCAAUUCACUCAGUGAUAUUUCUGCGCAUUAUCCUAUUUCCGCCGUUAGAAAUCUAGUGUCUGUUCUAUGAAUGAAAUGCCCUUAUGUUCCUACUCUCUCCUGUCACUUGCAACUACAGCAUGUUUAUCUCCUAUGAAGCUUUUUAUGGGUUGGAAAUGUCAGAACAAACAAAGGGGUGAUAUCUCUCCUCUUUAGAACAUUAAAUGAUGGUGGAUCUCAUCAAAUAAGUGUUUGGACAGAAUGCCACUAGCAAUUGUUGUGAUCUGAGUUAAUCUUCAUGUGUUAAUAAAGUCAGCUUGUCUGUUUUAUAUAAAGCCAGUCAGACAGUGCUGGAGGCAUUAUAGUGUGUGGUGGGAUGGGGGGUUACUGUUUUAACCAAGAUAUGUUAAAAUGCUAAUCUGAGCUGCUGGGGUCAUUAAAGUAAACAUAUAGCACUUAUUUAUACCUCUCUAACACUAAGUACCCCUUACAGACAGUAUUCUCCACUUCUCAGUUGUUUGAAUGGGAGAGAAAGUGCAAAAAUGUUUCCUAAUGUGUACUAUGGCUAAGCCCAGUCCAGACAAGAAUAGAGCGACUGCUAAGGCUAUUUGAUCCAUGACCUAGAACACAAAUGACCUCUGAAAUAAGUGAAACUGGUGUUAGUUGGACCUGCCAAGAGAAUGAAUUGAACCAAUUCAUCAUAGGGAUAACAGAUGUGGUAUGUUUGAAGUUUUUCUGCUCCUGCUCCUCUGCCGCUUCUGUCAGACAGUACGUAUAUCCCCAUGUAACUGUGUUAUAAGGUGAUGGUUUGAUUGUCGUGCUGAUGGGGUGUCGCUUGCCAUGGCAAAUUUAAAACUAUGUUUGUUGAGUGGGGUCCUAUGAACUGGUUGUAAUGCACGUUGCCAUAUUAACUUCCAUAGGGGAUUUCCAGGUUUCUAUUGUAAAUGUUGUGGAGUGGGGCUCUUGGGGAUCGAGCCUCUGGUUUUCCAAGCUGCUCAUUUCUUGUCAGGGGCCUCUGUAGAAUGGCACUUUAGUAGUAGUCGUAUUGAAUGUUAACUUGUCAUGGUAAGGGACAGGAUUAGUUAUGUUCAUCUCAAGAAAAAAACGAUUGCCAAACUAUUUAGUUAUGCUUGCUUGGGCAUUUCCCUAUUUCCUCGAUUUUCAGUGUGACAAUCCUGAAUCAUGUGGUCAGAAAGAAGUUAUUGUUUAAUUGGUAGCAUUUAUCUUUGUGGUCUGUUCGAUUUCAAUAGACUUUUCUUAAUAGAUGGCAAUUUUUUUUCUUGAGGUCUGUGAAACCUACAUUAUUUCACUUUUUAUUGGUGGAAGAAAAUCACAUAUCAAACCUCUCUGGAAUCACAGCACAACACUAUGUAGAAUGUCUGGGCCCUCUAGGGGUCAUUUCCUGCUCCGGUCUCUAACAUGGCUGGCUGCUCCAAUCUACAGUGCAUUGGGAAAGUAUUCAGACCCCUAGACUUUUUUCUAAUUCUGAUAUGUUACAGCCUUAUUCUAAAAUUGAUUAAAUAGUUUUUUUCCUCCUCAAUCUACACACAAUACCCCAUAAUGACAAAGCAAAAACGUUUUAUUUUUUAUUUUAGCAAAUGUAUAAAUUAAAAAAGAGUACAUUUACAUGAGUAUUCAAACCCUUUACUCAGUACUUUGUGUGUACCUUUGGCAGCGAUUACAGCCUCGAGUCUUCUUGGGUAUGACGCUACAAGCUUGGCACACCUGUAUUUGGGGAGUUUCUCCCAUUCUUCUCUGCAGAUCCUCUUAAGCUCUGUAAGGUUGGAUGGGGAGUGUUGCUGCACAGCUAUUUUCAGGUCUCUCCAGAGAGUUCUAUUGGGUCCGGGCUCUGGCUGGGCCACUCAGAGACUUGUCCCGAAGCCACUCCUGCAUUGUCUUGGCUGUCUGCAUAAGGUCGUUGUCCUGUUGGAAGGUGAACCUUCACCCCAGUCUGAGGUCCUGAGCGCCCUGGAGCAGGUUUUCAUCAAGGUUCUCUGUACUUUUCUCCGUUCAUCUAUACCUCGAUCCUGACUAGUCUCCCAGUCCCUGCCGCUGAAAAACCUCCCCACGUCAUGAUGCUGCCACCACCAUGCUUCACUGAAGGGAUGGUGCCAGGUUUCCUCCAGAUGUGACGCUUGGCAUUCAGGCCAAAGAGUUCAAUCUUGGUUUCAUCAGAACAGAGAAACUUGUUUUUCAUGGUCUGAGAGUCUAUAGGUGCCUUUUGGAAAACUCCAAGCGACUGUCAUGUGUCUUUUACUGAGGAGUGACUUCUGUCUGGCUACUCUACCAUAAAAGCCUGAUUGGUGGCGUGCUACAGAGAUGGUUGUUCUUCUGGAAGGUUCACCCAUCUCCACAAAGGAACUCUAGAGCUCUGUCAGUGACAUCGGGUUCUUGGUCACCUCCCUGACCAAAGCCCUUCUCCCACGAUUGCUCAGUUCGAGCGGGCGGCCAGCUCUAAGAAGAGUCUUGGUGGUUCCAAACUUCUUCCAUUUAAGAAUGAUGGAGGCCACUGUGUUCUUGGGGGCCUUCAAUGAUGCAGAAAUGUUUUAGUACCCUUCCCCAGAUCUGUGCCUUGACACAAUCCUGUCUCGGAGCUCUAUGGACAAUUCCUUUGACCUCAUGGCUUGGUUUUUGCUCUGACAUGCACUGUCAACUGUGGGACCUUAUGAAGACAGGUAUGUGCCUUUCUAAAUCAUGUCCAGUCAAUUGAAAUUACUACAGAUGGGCUUCAAUCAAGUUGUAGAAACAUCAAGGAUGAUCAAUGGAAACAGGAUGCACCUGAUCUCAAAUUCGAGUCUCAUAGCAAAGGGUCUGAAUACAAACAAAAAAAAUACAUUUGCAAAAAUUUCAAAAAACCUGUUUUCGUUGUCAUUUUGGGGUAUUGUGUGUCGAUUGACAAGGAAAAAAAUAUGUAAUACAUUUUAGAAAAUCCUGUGAUGUAAUAAAAUGUGGAUUAAGUCAAGGGGUCUGAAUACUUUCCAAAUGCACAGUAUGUUCAUGUUGUAGUACCUCAUGGCAAAACUGUCCCAGGCCCUUGUGUUUACAGUGCAGUAAGUCAGUCUGCUAGUCUCUGCUUUUUGAAAUUCACCCUUAGUGCAAAUGGUGGUCCCUGCUGCUAGGCUAUUGGUGGUGCAUUGCCAUGCACAGCAGAACUUAGCUGGUACUUCUUAUAACCACAAAGUUAUUGUCUUGCGAGUAAUGCAUAUCGAUACAGAUUUAUUCAACACGUUGUAUAGAAACUGUCCGUGGCUCUUACUUAAGUUGUUUGGUCACUGUGAUUUUAUAAUAUUUUUUUGGACACAAAGUAAACCUGUGCCACCAAUGGCGUGAUAAACCUUACAGCUACCAGUACCGGGUCAGGCAGUGCAAUACUUGAAUGAAUGUAAUUCAAUAUCAAACGCUAACAUAGCUGUCUGAAGACGGUCAUGCAUAAAUAAAUUAAUAGUUGAGGGCUUAGCAAAAAGUAUUUUAACAGAAAACACACCUCAGAUUUUAAGAUUAUUUUUCUAUGGCCAAGCUAGACCUCAAACAAUGAAUUGAGCGAGUAGAUAUAUAACGUCAUACACUGUAAUAUACUGCUUUCAUUGUGUAGAAAAGAAAGCAAAACAAAAAUCUACCCAAUGAGUUACCUCAAAUGAGAAAGGAAUUAAACAAACUGUGACAUGUGUGAGGACUGUUGAUCUAAUGUACCCAAAACAGAACUCAUCAUGAGCUCAUCACGAGCUCAUGGUUAUGCAAAGGUGUACAGAAAUAUUUAAAGAAAUACCUAUUUGAUAUCAAUUAUCCCCCCAUGUAAUUGGUUUCUUUUUCCCAAUAAAUGUUAUAAAUUCUCUCAAAAUAUUCCUCUGAAAAUGUGAUGAGGAAUACUAGAUCAUUUGUUUUGUUUUUAUUAAGUUUUAACAAUUAGGAAUGCUAGAGUUUAAUAUUUUGGAUCAUCUCUAGGAUGACCACAUUCAUGGUCUCUUUUAACAAAUUACCCAUAUAAGACUUAUCCACAUGUUUAUUGGACGUAUCAAAGUAGGGAUCCCUUAUGUUGUAUCUCAAAAGGCUACAAUAAGGUAAUUCAACCCAGACUAUGUGAGGUGGGGGAAAAUGGAGUGGUAUUGAUGUUUUGUAUCCAAAGUGAAAGAUGUGAAUAAAUUGUUAUACUUGGUUUUAAUACCCAGAUGGAAAGACCAAUGUAAAAGGUGGUGAAUCAUGUUCUAAUGUACAGUACCAGUCAAAAAUCUGGACACACCUACUCACUCAAGGGUGAUUCUUUAUUUGUUCUAUUUUAUACAUUGUAGAAUAAUAGUGAAGACAUCAAAACUAUGAAAUAACACAUUGAAUCAUGUAGUAACCAAAAAAAGUGUUAAAUCAAAAUAUAUUUUCAAAUUAGCCACACUUUGCUUUGAUGACAGCUUUGCACAUUCUUGGCAUUCUCUCAACCUGAUUCACCUGGAAUGCUUUUCCAACAGUCUUGAAGGAGUUGCCACAUAUUCUGAGUACUUGUUAGCUGCUUUUCCUUCACUCUGCAAUCCAACUCAUCCCAAACCAUCUCAAUUGGGUUGGGGUCGGGUGAUUGUGGAGGUGGGUCGCCUGAUGCCCUUACACAGCAUGGAGGUGUGUUGUGUCAUAGUCCUGUUGAAAAACAGAUCGUCCCACUAAGCGCAAACCAUAUGGGAUGGCGUGUCGCUGCAGAAUAUUGUGGUAGCCAUGCUAGUUAAGUGUGCCUUGAAUUCUAAAAUACCUCUGCAGUAGAGGUAACACUGGGUCGGUCUUCCUUUGCUGUGGCGGUCCUCAUGAGAUUCAGUUUCAUCAUAGCACUUGAUGGUAUUUGCAACUUCACUUGAAGAAGUUCUUGCAAUUUUCCAGAUUGACUGACCUGCAUGUCUUAAAGUAAUGAUGGACUGUUGUUUCUCUUUGCUUAUUUGAGCUGUUCUUGCCAUAAUAUGGACUUUGUUUGUACCUAACAGGGCUAUCUUCUGUAUACCACCCCUACCUUGUCACAACACAACUGAUUGGCUCAAACGCAUUAAGAAAAGAAAUAACACAAAUUAACUUUUAACAAGGCACACCUGUUAAUUGAAAUGCAUUCUAGGUGACUACCUCAUGAAGCUGGUUGAGAGAAUGCCAAGAGCGAGUAAAGCUGUCAAGGCAAAGGGUGGCUACUUUGAAGAAUCUUUCAUAUAAAAUAUUUUCAUUUGUUUAACACUUUUUUUGGUUACUACAUGAUUCCAUGUGUGUUAUUUCAUAGUUUUGAUGUCUUCAUUUAUUCUACAAUGUAGAAAAUAGUAAAAAUAAAGAAAUCCUGGAAAGAGUAGAUGUGUCCAAACUUUUGACUGGUACUGUACGCACUAGAAGUUCUGAAUGUCUAUCAGUGAGUGUUCUUCUCUCUAUCAUUUAAUCUUUGUAUGUGUGGUGUUCUUUGCAGAACAUUUGUUUGGCUCAUGAAAUGAAUCUGUGCAGUACACUUUGCAGAAAGCACCUGGAACUGGAAAAUGCUGUUUUAAUACUCAAUAUCUCUUAGCCCUUGGCUAUAACUCUAUUUUGCCAUGUGUCACUUUUUACACCAGCUGUUCUUGACUUGGGCCAACCCAUAAUACUUUUAAUUAUAGAAUUAGAACAAGUAGAAUGGACAGUUUGCAUUGAACUACAUUUCUCAGCAUUUUAGUCAAGUAAAAAAUUCCACAACCUCUGGGUAGUUCUGUGACACCAUAUUAGUUGAACCACAAAAUUCAAGCACAUUGAUCCUUGAGGGUGCACAGAAAUCAGUAGAACGGACCAACAUACAGUUGAAGUCGGAAGUUUACAUACACUUAGGUUGGAGUCAUUAAAACUCGUUUUUCAACCACUCCACACAUUUCUUGUUAACAAACUAUAGUUUUGGCAAGUCGGUUAGGACAUCUACUUUAUGCAUGACACAAGUAAUUUUUCCAACAAUUGUUUACAGACAGAUUAUUUCACUUAUAAUUAAUUCAUUGUAUCACAAUUCCAGUGGGUCAGACGUUUACAUACACUAAGUUGACUAUGCCUUUAAACAGCUUGUAAAAUUCCAGAAAAUGACGUCAUGGCUUUAGAAGCUUCUGAUAGGCUAAUUGACAUAAUUUGAGUCAAUUGGAGGUGUACCUGUGGAUGUAUUUCAAGGCCUACUUUCAAACUCGGUGCCUCUUUGCUUGACAUCAUGGGAAAAUCAAAAAAAUCAAAAGAAAUUGUAGACCUCCACAAUUCUGGUCCAUCCUUGGGAGCAAUUUCGAAACGCCUGAAGGUACCACGUUCAUCUGUACAAACAAUAGUAUGCAAGUAUAAACACCAUGGGACCACGCAGCCGUCAUACCCCUCAGGAAGGAGACGUGUUCUGUCUCCUAGAGAUGAACGUACUUUGGUGCGAAAAGUGCAAAUCAAUCCCAGAACAACAAAGGACCUUGUGAAGAUGCUGGAAGAAACAGGUACAAAAGUAUCUAUAUCCACAGUAAAAUGAGUCCUAUAUCGACAUAACCUGAAAGGCUGCUCAGCAAGGAAGAAGCCACUGCUCCAAAACCAUCAUAAAAAAAGCCAGACUACGGUUUGCAACUGCACAUGGGGACAAAGAUCGUACUUUUUGGAGAAAUGUCCUCUGGUCUGAUGAAACAAAAAUAGAACUGUUUGGCCAUAAUGACCAUCAUUAUGUUUGGAGGAAAAAGGGGGAAGCUUGCAAUCCGAAGAACACCAUCCCAACCGUGAAGCACGGGGGUGGCAGCAUCAUGUUGUGGGGGUGCUUUGCUGCAGGAGGGCCUGGUGCACUUUACAAAAUAGAUGGCAUCAUGAGGGAGGAAAAUGAUGUGGAUAUAUUGAAGCAACAUCUCAAGACAUUAGUCAGGAAGUUAAAGCUUGGUUGCAAAUGGGUCUUCCAAAUGGACAAUGACACCAAGCAUACUUCCAAAGUUGUGGAAAAAUGGCUUAAGGACAACAAAGUCAAGGUAUUGGAGUGGCCAUCACAAACCCUGACCUCAAUCCGAUAGAACAUUUGUGGGCAGAACUGAAAAAGCAUGUGAGAGCAAGGAGGCCUACAAACCUGACUCAGUUACACAAGCUGUCAGGAGGAAUGGGCCAAAAUUAGCCCAACUUAUUGUGGGAAGCUUUUGGAAGGCUACCCGAAACGUUACCCAAAUACUAUUUGAGUGUAUGUAAACUUCUGACCCACUGGGAAUGUGAUAAAAUAAAAGAAGCUGAAAUCAUUCUUAACUAUUAUUCUGACAUUUCACAUUCUUAAAAUAAAGUGGUGAUCCUAACUGACUUAAGACAGGGAAUUUUUUACUAGGAUUAAAUGUCAGGAAUCGUGAAAAACUGAGUUAAUGUGUUUGGCUAAGGUGUAUGUAAACUUCCGACUUCAACUGUAUUUAAUUAUUCUCAUAGUACCCAUAUUAAAAAAGACACUACGGUGGCCUGAUUUAUUUGAGAGUUUCAUCCCUUGAACCCUGUGUAGACUUAAACUUAAAGUGCAGUCUGUUCUAUCCAUUCUAUUUCUAUUGUGCUAACCCUGCUCUGCAGCAUAGCUAAAUUAAGUUGUGUGAAAACCUUAAGAGACAUAUUCUGAAGGCAUUUUAAUAUCACUGCAAGGAGUGUACUGCUAUAAAUUUAUUUCUAGAGCCAGACCAAUCUUACAUAAACUAAACAUAAUGGAACAUUUUAAAGCAAACAGUGCUGUUUUCUCCCCUUAUUCAAUAAAAACAACUAUUGAUGUU